UGUCGUUCUCUUAUUUAUUAUAGGAUCUGUCCAAGUUUACUUUUACAUUUAGUCACAGUAGUUCCAUGCACAUGUAUUUUGGAGUAUGCUCUCUUGGAUAAGCGGAUCCACUCAAGAAACAAAAAAGGCACCACAGUUCGUUCAGAUGAGAUCUGGUACGAGAAUAUCACUGAUGUGAUGGAACAAACCAUCUUGUUGGUGAUGAUCUUCGGUCGAUGGUUGAUGCCCAAGGGAAAACUAACCCGGGAUGAACUUUCCCAGUUGUUACUGAUCAAUAUGGCGUCUGCAGCAGAUAUCAUCGAAUUCUUUGAUAUCAUCAAUAUCAGUGACGUAAGCUAUGAUCGAAUGAUGAUCACCAUCGUCCUCAGCCUUUGGUCCUGGAGUCUACUACAGUUUCCGUUAAAUACUACGGUUGCUUUCGAUAAGCUUAUCUCUGGUGAAGAGCCAAAACCAAAACGGGAACCGACGUUUGCCCGUUUGUCUUCACUCCCAUCUUACAUCGUAAAACGAAUGUCUUUGAACAUUUACGAAAGAGAGUUUGACACGGACGAAAACGUCAAACCUGCUUUCGGUGAAUUCGCUAGCAUCAUGGUCGGCUUAGUACUGCAGGAUGCGCCUUAUCUUACCAUGAGAUUGUUUAUUGUAUCUUAUUAUAAGACAUUUGGUUACAUGAUAGUUUUUCUUACUGUCAAGAAUGGACUAUUUUUCGUCCUCGAGGUGUACAGACUAUGUGUGUUGUUUUGUCAUUGCAAAGACAGUGUGAUCCAUGACCCAUCUCCCGACAACAGAAUUCAAAUCCAAGCGAGAUUUAGUAACAUACAGAUUGCCAUACCGCAUUCAUUAAUAAGAAAUAAGAUUUCUCCGGAAAAAGACAGAGCUAGGCUGAGUAAAAAUAGCUCUUUUGAUAGCUAG